GAGGUGGCAGUAGCGAUUCACAGGGAGUAUAAACAGGGCGAGCUAACGAGCUAACAUUAGCCAAGGGGGAGUCGUUGUUUCUGGUGUAUAAACAAGAAGAUAAAACCAGCCGCAGCAACGUUUCUAGCUACGCGCGGUGGCGUUACCGUCACAGACCAAAAAUGCAGUCUGUGAUAAAACAAAACCUCCAUUCGGAGACCGAAGGAGACAUCAACAAACUCAUCAACCUGAAGCUCACUGCCUCCUACACCUACCUUUCUCUGGGGAUGUUUUUUGACAGGGAUGAUAUUGCCUUGCCAAAGUUCUCCACCUUUUUCCUGGAGCGCUCGGUGAAAGAGAGGGAACAAGCUGAGAAGCUGCUGGAAUAUCAGAACAUGAGAGGAGGUCGGAUUUUGCUUCAGACUAUCGCUAAACCAACUAGAGAGGAUUGGAGGGGUGGUUUGGAUGCAAUGUCUUUUUCCCUGGACUACCAGAAGUCCUUGAACACAUGUAUCCUUGAUGUGCACCGCAGAGCUGGCACCCACACUGACCCUCACCUGUGUGACUUCCUCGAGGAGCACUUCCUCACUGACAGCCACGAUACCAUCAAGAAGCUGGGCGACUACGUUGGCAGUCUUGGCCGCAUCACUGCUUCUGAGACACACGGCCCUAUGGGAGAAUACCUGUUUGACAAACACACCCUGUAAAAGGUCACGGCAGCAAAUGUGACUCAAGCUCCACAUUUAAAAUAAUGCUCAGAGUCAACAGGGCAACAGUCCCUUGCACUGUGCAUUUCUCUCCGUUAAGAAAAUUUGAAAAAAAUAUUCUCACAGUUUACCACGGAUGUCAUUCUUGUACCAGUGGCACAAAAGAAGUUCUCAGCAAAAUAACAGUAAAUACCUCUUUUUCUCUAAAACCAUAGUGAAAGAAAUAAGCCUCAUUGAUAUGGUGCUAAAAAUGGCAAUUUUCCUAAGCUGUUAAAAUGAGUCAUUUUUUCAUUUGGACCCAGUUAUAUCAUGCGUCAUGCAUUCCAGUGUGUCAGAGGUUUUUUACCUUCACCAAUAUUCUGUUUUAUCUAUACUAUUUUUAGUCUAAAGUAGUGUAAAGAGUUAAAGAUUUGGAAAAUCACUGAAAUUCUGAUUAAAGUAAAAUUAUGCUGA